GUUAAACUGGUAUCUCACAUUUGGGCCGUAGCGCAAUCUGUUACCAUAAUCCUGGCAAAAUGAUGAACAUGGCAUAUUGGGGUCUGACGGAGACCGUCAUGGACCUCAAUGCUAUGAAGGAGUUUGAAUUGAAGAGCAAGCUGCACAGCAUCCACCUGGGAAUAACUACUAACGACCUAGAGGUCAUAAGGAUACUCCGGGCUCUUAUAGAGCCCAUAACGCUUUUCGGGGAGGGCAAAUAUGAGCGCAGGGAGCGCCUCAAGAAAGUGUUACUGUUUAAAUACGACCGCCUCUUCCACGGUAAGGACCUUAACACCGCCAUCAGCACAUCGAGUGAGGCCAAGAACCUAUACGAUGUGAUAAAGGCGUUCAAUAUAGACAUGUCCAAUGUAUUUGCCAAUAAAUCCAUAUUCGGUGACUUGGCACAGCAGGACUCAGUACCGGAUACCGGUGAUAAGGAGCUGUUUUACACAGAGGGUCCGGAGGAACUCAAGCAGUUUAGAAGUGACCUCGCAAGCCACUGCUGGCACAGAACCAUUACCCGGAAGAGAUAUAUACACGAAUAUAGGGAUUGCACGGACCAAUUUGAACAUGAGGACGAUAUAGAUAGGUACGGCAACCACCUAACGGAAUCUGUAACCCUGGCUUACUCGCACCUAGCUGCUGAACGGCCACUGACAGCUGCCAAGUUCUCACCAAACAUGAAUUACAUCGCAGUAAGCAGCUUCUGCAGCUACGUUAGCCUGUUACACUACCACCCGGAAAACAAUCUACCGUUAGCAAAGACACUCGACAACGGUUCCAAGGAAAUGCUCCACUGCAUUGAUUGGGCACCAGGGCGCUGUGUAAUAUAUCAUCAGGAUGCAACACCAGUGGAUGACAAGGAGCUCUUGCUGGCCACUGGCGGCUCUGGAGGCAGUGUAACUGUAUGGAGGCCCUUUGCUACGGAGUCAGCGUCAACUGUUAAAACGCACGAUGACAGGAUCAAUCGCAUUAAAUUCCACAAUUUCAAAAACAUGGUUGUAACGGGCUCUGCAGACGAGACUGUACGGUUUUUCGAUACAGAAACUAUGCAGGAGAUUUACAUCCAGGAGGGCCAUAGCCACGGGGUACAUGGCCUGGGUAUCAAUGGAGAUGGUAACCUAGUGUCAUCCGGGGAUCUGCAUGGUGUAGUGCUCAUUAUAGAUAUCAGGACCGGUAAGCAUAUAUUCCAGCAGCCACUGCAUAAUGGCAAGGUUACCUCCAUUGAAUUCCACCCAGUGUACAACCACUUGAUGGCCACGGCAGCAGAGGACAAUUCGGUUAAGCUAUUCGAUCUCAGGAAGGUACGACCGGCAACAUCACUUCUAGCGCAUACUAAACUAGUGAGCUGCAUACAGUUUGAACCUGUAUACGGGCGGUUCCUAGCUACUGCGUCGUUCGACACCCACCUCAAGCUGUGGGAUGCCGCGGAAUAUAAGUGCAGGAAGGUACUGUCGAACAACGAUGCCAAGGUCAUGGGUGUAAACAUAGCACCAGACGCGUCGUCAGUGGUCACCGCAUGCUACGAUCGCACUAUACGCAUAUUCAACACGCAACUUGGGAAUAACCCAGUUGGUACACCUAAAAUGUUCCACAGGGACACUAUAAUGUAAU